CCCGCAGUACUACACGCAACUGGAGAAGCAAGCGGGCUCCUCGCAGAAAAGAAACACUGGAUGGCUUGAUAUUAGAGCAAGAGGGCUUUAUUUUAAUAAAGAUAAGACGAAGGAAAAGCUCUCGAGAUAAGCGGCAACUUUGAGGAGCCGUUGGGAGAAAGCAGAGGACCCGAAAAUCACGACAGAAGGUGAGAAAAGACACAAAACAAAUCGUGGUUCGAGAGGUUCCCUCCUGGUUCAGAGACAAAAUGAGCUGGAGCUUCCUUACUCGUCUGUUGGACGAGAUUUCCAACCACUCCACCUUCGUGGGCAAAAUCUGGCUCACCCUCCUCAUUGUCUUUCGCAUUGUGCUGACCGCUGUUGGGGGCGAGUCAAUCUACUACGAUGAACAGAGUAAAUUUGUGUGUAACACGCAGCAACCCGGUUGUGAGAACGUGUGCUACGAUGCGUUUGCGCCGCUGUCACACAUUCGCUUCUGGGUGUUUCAGGUGAUUAUGAUCACCACCCCCACCGUCAUGUACCUGGGCUUUGCCAUGCAUAAGAUUGCACGCAUGGAGGACGAUGACUACCUGCCUCGGGGCAGGAAGAAGAUGCCGAUAGUGAGCCGUGGUGCAAACCGAGACUACGAAGAGGCGGAGGAUAAUGGGGAGGAGGACCCCAUGAUCCUGGAAGAGAUUGAGCCAGAUAAGGAGAAGGAAGUGACUGUUAAGCCCUGCAAAAAGCACGACGGACGGCGUCGCAUCAAGCGUGACGGCCUGAUGAAGGUCUACGUGUUUCAGCUCCUGUCGCGUGCCAUCUUUGAGGCUUCGUUCCUGUUUGGACAGUACGUCCUUUAUGGGCUGGAGGUGGUACCCUCGUAUGUAUGCACGCGCUCUCCUUGCCCGCACACCGUGGAUUGCUUUGUCUCACGCCCCACAGAGAAAACUAUCUUCCUGCUCAUUAUGUAUGGAGUCAGCGCCCUGUGUCUGCUCUUCACCUUGUUGGAGAUUCUUCACCUCGGCAUCAGUGGUAUUCGAGACUGCUUCUGCGCGCCCCGGCCUGCCACCCCCCGUCACCCAGCUCUGUCCAGCCAAAGGUCCUCGAUCUGCCGCCAGCCAUCGGCACCUCCGGGCUACAACACCGUUCUGAAGAAGGACCCAUCGGGAAAAAUUGGCUUCAGGGAUAAUCUGGGAGACUCGGGUCGUGAGUCGUUUGGGGACGAGACUUCAUCACGGGAGCUGGAGAGGCUGCGGAGACACCUGAAGCUGGCUCAGCAGCAUCUGGACAUGGCCUACCAGAAUGGGGAGAGCAGCCCGUCACGCAGCAGCAGCCCAGAGUCCAACGGCACCGCAGUCGAGCAGAACAGACUAAACUUUGCCCAGGAGAAGCAGAGCAGUACAUGUGAGAAAGGUCUGCGUGCAUAGGUUUUCAUCAGGCCAUCAGCUGACACUAUAGACCUAAAUUCACAUCAGGAUCAGUGAGAGGAAAAAAGGGAAUCAAAGUGUGUGUGUGUGUGUGUGUGUGUGUGAGAGAGAGAGAGAGAGAGAGAGAGAGAGAGAGAGAGAGAGUGAGUGACAUUUGCUUGAGGUGGAUGAAGUCAACCCAAGCCUUUCAGUGUUACGGCCAGUCAUCCAUGGUCGAACAUCGAAUCAAACGAGGAGGAGAGCGGUCGUCUCAACCCAGCAAUACUUGGGACGCCUGUCUGAAGAUCCAAAGUGCUUACAAACUACCGUCGUGCAGCAAGAACGAUUAAGGUUAACAUGUACUUCUCCCUCAGGGCAGCUAGUUUUUUUUUUUGUUUUUUUUUAUAUAUAUAUAUAAAAAAGAGACUUGGUUAGUCAUUUUCUAAGUGUUUGUCCUCUGUUGGAAGUUCAGUGAAUGCAUCUCAAGUUUGCCUUAGACCUAAACUGGAACUCUUUCUGGCAUUUUGUUAAGGCAUAACCAAGCCAGUUUUAGUAAAAAAAUAAAAGAUUUUGUACUUUGUGUGUGUGUGAGAUGCAAAAAAAAUGUUAAUGAGCAAGGCACCACUCGUAUAAGAAAGGUACUGCAAUUAUUAUGCUGAUGAAGACUUUUGAGGAGUUAAUUUUCAUACAAAGGUUUCUCUCAAGUGUGUCAUUUUUCUUUUUUCUUUUUCUUGUUUUGAAAAUGCACCAGUCAACUCUCAAGCCUGGUGCUUCGAUGGUAACUGGAACACACUUGGGGUGCCUUUGUCCAAAGGAAUAAACAAACCUGGGUAAUGCUUGAAAAACAUGUAACUCUUGAUAUUGUCUUGUAUUGUUUAAAACGUGUAUUUGAUACUGUUCUUUAUUUUUGUAUUAGUGAGUAUUGUGAUCUUGAAAAGAGGCUUUUGUCGCUGUGGCAGAUUUGUAUUUUAAAAGAAUGACAUUCACUGCUGUCUUAGUUCCCUGAAGCUUGUCCAUGGACGGGUGCAUUCUGAAACUGGUUUGGUACAACUGCAACAGUUUUAUUUAGUACAUUUAAAAAAAUUUAUAAUUUACGGCUUAUUUUGUUAUUUGCGCGUCGUCUCUGAACAGCAAACAUUCCAUUUAUCAGAAAUCCUUUAUUUGUCCCAUGAUGGGGAAAUGUACGUUGUUAGAGCAAGAGAGUAAAGUGGCGAGUACACAAUUAAAUAGAAUAAAAUACAGUAACAGUAAUAUAAAUACAGUCAUUGGAAUUACGUACAUACCUGGAUUAUUUUUUGGUCCAAUAAGAGAAAAUGCUCGUUACCUGCUGAAAGUGCGGAUGUUUGGAUAACUGUUCUCAAUGAGGGUUGUAAAACAAUGUAUUCAUUUCAAUGUGAAUUCAAUGCCUUGAACACGCUCUACUAAGAUGCCAUUUUUUGUCUUCUGAAUAAUACCCACAGUGCCAACUAGUGUCCACUCAAAUUGUCAUCUCAAGUUAUUUUUGAACAAUGCUUUUUGUACUUUUUAUACUUUUUUGUAUUGAUAGUACUUUUGGUUAGUUUUUUAAAUAAAUUUUGCAACAAAAGUUU